GUUGGCAAGCCUGUUAGAAGUCAACAGUGAAGGCAUCUAGGUCUUGAUUCUUCUGAAAUACGAAAAUAAAUUUAACGAAAGCAAACAACAGGAACAGAGCUUCAGUCAACCUCAGUACAGGUGUUGGAAGGAUGUCUGAGGAAGAUAACUCGGAGGUGUCCCGGUACAAAGAAGAUGAGGAAGAGGAGGAGGAGGAAGUGAUUACUCCCAAAAGAAGAAGAGGACGACCCAGGAAGCGCUCGGCCAAUACUGAAGAGACGGGUUCUGAAGCACCAGACACUGAUUCAACACCGCUUAGAAGUAAGAGGGAACGAAAGAAAAAAACAAUUUCCUUUGGCAAUGAUUCUGGUAGUGAUGAUGAAGUAAUUUAUCACCUUCCAGAAAAAAGACGGAAGAAACCUGGUCGACAGAAGGGACACACGCUAACUAGUGGGACCUGGGUUGCCAAAAAACCUCUGGGCCGCCCUAAGUUAUCUUAUUAUGAGAGCAGUCGAAGAAGUAAGAAGAGCCCAAGUGAGUUAAUCUGUGAGCUGGGACAGGUGUUCUACAACUUGGGCUGGGUUUCUGGCACUGGUGGAGGAAUCAGCAUCAAAGACGGAGAUCAUAUAUAUGUUGCUCCAUCUGGUGUCCAAAAGGAACGUUUGAAGCCAGAGGACAUGUUUGUCCUUAACAUGGAUGGGGAAGAACUUGACUCUCCACACCCUGAAAGAAAUUUGAAAAAGUCACAGUGCACUCCACUCUUCAUGUUAGCCUACAAGAUACGUGGAGCAGGAGCUGUGAUUCACAGUCAUUCCAAAGCUGCUGUGUUAGCAACUUUGGCAUUUCCAGGGUCAGAAUUUAAGGUUACCCAAUUGGAAAUGAUCAAGGGUAUCAAAAAUGCAUCGGAAGACCGCCAGUUACGCUAUGAUGAAGAGCUGGUUGUACCCAUCAUUGAGAACACUCCAUAUGAAGCAGACUUAGCUGACACGAUGUCUCAGGCUUUAGAACAUUACCCUGACACCAAUGCAGUUCUAGUGAGAAGACAUGGGGUGUAUGUUUGGGGCGAUACAUGGGAAAAAGCCAAGACUAUGGCCGAGUCCUAUGACUAUUUGUUUGACGUAGCGGUACAGAUGACAAAGUUCGGGUUAGAUCCUUCCAAACCUGCAGAGGAAGUGAAGAUGGCGCAGGUUAAUGGCAAAUGAGUGGUAUAAGACAAAGGUAAUUUCAAGAAACUUUUAUUAACAGGAGUACAAUAUGGGAAAAUAAUUACGUCUAAUAUUAAGAGCUUUGUAUUAUUAUUAUUAUUAUUAUUAUUAUUAUUAUUAUUAUUAUUAUUACAAUAGUAGAAUUCCAGUUAUCCGGCCAGUUGGAAGAGUCAAUUAAUCGUCACCAACAUUAAAUAAUAAUGUAUUUUCGAAAAAUUUUAUGGUUUCAUUACAUGUAACAAUUAACGUGGCACCCUGGCUGGUGCGUCAACAAUGUAGUUAUAGCUCACCACACACACGCUCACUCACCACACAUACAUACACAUGCUCUUAAUUUUUCUUAUUUUAUAAUUUAUAUUAUAUUUUCUUUAUUUCUAAGCCACAUUGUUUAUAUAAAAUGGCAUAAGUGUUAAAGAAGUCCGUUUUUCUGAGACACAAAUUUACAAGGUCAACCUGGAGCACUGUGCAUUAUAGGAUUUAUUGGGGGAGCCUAAGAGUUAGUUUCAACUAAGCGGAAAAGCUCUUUAUCUGGCACCUCUCAAUCCUGUAAGUGCUGGAUAACUGGGAUUCUACUGUAUAAUUAUUAUUAUUAUUAUUAUUAUUAUUAUUAUUAUUAUUAUUAUUAUUAUUAUUAUUAUUAUUAUUAUUAUUAUUAUUAUUUAGACAAGAUUUCCAAUGUCUUCAUUAGACAGCAAGUCAGGGAAUUAUUAUUGUGUGUGAAAUAGUUUUAUCACAUUUCAUUUACUCCAAUUGAAAUGUCUUUCUCUUUAAUGUACUUCUGUUUUCCAUACAUAUGUUGAAUUUAAAUUUUACAUUGUGUCAUAAUAGUUUUUGUGCAGUUACUAUAUAGAUUCUGUGGGUCUGUCUGAAACAAUACCAUAUCAAUAACUUAGUGUUCAUUUCCUUGACUGUUUUGUUAAACUAAACCAUAACUUAGUAACUUCCCUGAUGAUCAUUCUAUAUAAACAUGUUAAGUUAUGGAAGGAUGUACAGUAUGCUAAAUUAGAUACAGUGUUGUUCCAAAUAACAAAACUCUUUGCUUUAUAGAUUGUUUGUAGUUUAUUUUUGGUGACAAGAUUGUACAGUGUAUUAAUUUUCCAAGUAACGUGACUGAUCCGGGUAACUCGUCAUGAGAAGUUUAGUUAUAGUUUAUAUCUUUGAAAGGUAUGUUAAUGAAAUAAGUUUCUUCUGGUAUUUAUUUCAGUGUGAUAUGUUUUAAGGUUCCCCUGUUAGACAUGGUCAAAAAGAUAAGGUUGGUUUUUAAAGUGGUAGUAGGAGUAAAAGAUAACACUUGCUUGUGAGUAGUACCCUGGUGACCUGAAGUUUGGAAAGGUUUAAUAUUAGGGACAGAGGAUUUAAGGUAAAGCAUUAAAGGUCUAUCAAAGAAAUGGUGAUAUGCAAGAUGGUAUUCAUUUUUUCUUCUUAAAUUGGGUCUAUUAAUAAUAUAGCUAUUGAAAUGCCAGUAAAACACGCACAGGGUAAAAGAGUCGAGUGAGUCAGAUGAGAUAUGAGGAAGAUGGAUAGAAGUUCUAAACCAAUUGGGCUGCAAUAUAACCUAACCCAACCAAACCACAAGGAGAAGGGUUUCUUGGGAUUGGGGCCCUCUCAGGACUAGGGACCAUUUGGUCUGUGGCCCAGAAUGCUUGGGCUCCAAUUCUAUUGGUCAGGUUGAGGUUUAUUUGACAUUUUGCUAAAAUGAAGCUUAAUGUUUGAACAAUGGACCAGCACAGAGGAACACAUCGACUUCAUUUGUUCUUUGGAGGCAUAUGUGAUAAACUGCCUUAAUAUGAAUACAAGGAACAAGAUACACAUGUCAAGAUUAUACUCUUGACCAAUUAAUGUGGAUUGGUCAUCAACUUGGCUCCAUCUCCUAUUGGGCCCCAGCCUGACCUAACAUAAUCAGUAGGUUGAGGGACCGUUUGUAGUGGUUUGAUCAAGUUACGGUUAGUAGGGACUAGGAGCCAUUACCCCAGUCACCUUAAUUUAUUAUUUACAUUAAAAGGAUGAAAGUAAUGAAAUGCAGGAUAUUUUAUAUGGUAUUAUUUUAUAAAAAAAUUGGUUUUAGCUUAAAUAUAAAUUAUGGGAAUGAAUGGUUAUAUGAAUAUGCAGCUUUUACAUUUAGGAGAGUUAAAUAUAUGUUGGGAAAGAAAUACAUGCAAGAUUAAGCUGCUGUAAUGGUAGUACAGCAUACAAAACUUUAUAAAUAAAUUAUUCCGAGAAGAUAGAUGCUUCAAGGAGAAUCGUUUAAAGGUUCUUGCUUGUCUGUUUUUUUGUUUGUUUUGUUUUGUGUGUAAUGGAAAUAUUAUUAUACUGCAGGAAAUAUAAUAUAAUAAUAGUUAUGUUUUUGGGUUAGUAAUUGAUGUACAGGUAUAUGAGAAAUAAUAAUGUUUGGCACUCAACAUUUAACAGGGAAUGUCUUUCUUUGAAUAUUUCCUCGCUUGCUUUAGUGCCAUUUUAACCAAACUAGUAUUGAUGUUUUGGAAAUAAACUGGAUUAAUCACAAAGUACAAACUUUAAUAAAAAAUGGUACAUUGCAUAGGAAGAGCUUAGUUUACCUGUACUGUACUGUAUUGUCUUUCUAGCUUUGGGUAAAAUUAAGUAUUGCUCUAAGUAUGUUUUAUAGUUUGCUUAUUGCAAUAUUUUUUUUUUUUCAUUUUAACUUAAUGUGGUUGACUAAUGUAAAGAAAGUCAAAAACAUUAUUUAAGUGAUUACCAUACUAUCUAAUUGGUUGUCACACUUAUCUUAUUGGCUGUCAGACUAGUUUAAUUGGUUACUGUUACACUGCCAAUUAGGGUUCUGGUACAGUACUGUAGUUGAAGCAUUGGAUUACUCGUAGGUUAUUGAUUAUCUUAAAAUAGGUGAAGCAUCAAUUUGGGCAGUUAAUUACGCAACAGACAGGCAGCUCAAGCUAAAAUGUGUUGCAUGCACCUAGUUUAUUAAGGUUUAAGUAGUACAGGUACAUUGUUAUAUUUUUAUAUUGUACCCAUGAUCGUUUGGGUGUUAAGUAAAUUCUUUUACAUUUGUCCAGGUUUUAAAAAUGUGACUAUACUGUACUUUUAGUUAGUAGAAUUAACUUAAAAAUUUGUCACAGUUGAAGUACAAUAGACUCCCAAUAUGCUCCCAGGCAAGCCGUGAAUGAGUGAAUCUGCAAGUACUCUAUUGAUGUUUAGUAAUUUGCAGAAAAUAAGUUGCAUUCAUAUCUAGCCAAUUAGAAGAAAGUAUUCACUAACCAUUUGUGUACAGUAUAGGGAUCUCCCUGUGCUGAAUAAAAUCAUCUUGCAUUGGUCAUAUUAAAAGUGGUGUCCCCAUAGUGAAUGGGUUAAUAACAUAACUUGCUAGGGUGGAGGAGGAGGAAAAAGCAUUGCUAGGUGAUUCCCUUAUGGCUUUUUUGAAAAUGGUGAAAUAUGAGAGGUUGAUAAUGAGGGUGUAGAUUUGGCAGACAUCCUGAAAAAGGUGAUACAUAACUGCUGUUUUAGUAGUCUUAUUCCUCUCUUCAUGGAGGUUGGUGUAGAUCCUGAAGCCUCAUGUUCCAAAUAUGAAAGUUCAUCUUAAAUCAUCAUCAAUGUUUCAUGGUCAUUUUUCACACUGGCAUGGAAUUACCUGAUAGUAGCUCUCCAUAUUGUGUGGUCUCUUGCAGCUUCUCUUGUUAGUUUUGUAACAUUUCGUGAAUGAUGUAGGUGACAUCAUUCUAGGCCUACCCCUAGCUCUCCUCCAUUCACAUUUAGACUCGUGCUUCUCAUGACCAGCUUGAUAUUCUUCAUUCUCUUUCUACAUGUACAAGCCAUCUCAGCCUACCUCUACGCAAAAUUUCACCAUUAAUCUUAUUACCCAGCUGCCAUCAGCUCACUCAGGCUUGCAUAUGUCACCCUCUUUAACACCCUAUGUUUCACUGCCAUACAUCGCAAUUCUCAUACCAAUUGCAUGCAUCUUUCCAUUCUUGCUUAAGAGAAACAUUUCUUAACUCUUCCUCUGUCAGGUUUAAGUUUUUGUAAGGAAUCAGCUCCUUAAGAUGGGAUUCAAGGAAGUUGUUGAGAUUUUCCUCAGUCAUGGCCUUGCCCAUGCUCUGCACCAACUUAAGAAUGUCCCUCAAUUCUGUGCCUUCAUCAGAAAAACCUGUGAAGGGUAAGGCAGGGGGAUGGUGAUGGUGUCAUAUCCAAAAAUACUGUAGUGAAUUGUUGGUCCUCACUUUUUUUUUACCACAAGCAAUUGAUCCUCACAAAUAUUGGGAGUCUACUGUGUAAUGUCUCUUCAGUACAGUACUAUUAUAGUGAUUUCUCUCAUGUGUAGUCUUACAUUUUGCUCACAUAAUUCAUUGUUGUCACAGGAUUUUAUGGCUAACAUGAUGUGCUUCUAUCAGAAUAUAACCCAUGGCUGAUUAAAGAUUAGCUGUAAUAAAAUGAAGAACACUGCUUUACAGAUUUCAGAAAGAAACUUGCCAAUAGAUUAUUGCACAAUAGUUGCACAUUUGAAAUCGUCCACUGAAGCUAGUGUGUCUUUUGUGAUUAAUAAAGACUUAAGACCAAAAA